AGGAGAACCUAAACCAUGGCGAGACUCAGCUCCUUCUUCAUCAUCAUCUUGUACGUUUUCUUCAUUAACGCCACAUGUUGCAGAGGGAAAUCCCAGCCGCAGCAAAAGAAGCACGUGCCGUUCUUCAUCUUCGGUGAUUCAUUUCUGGAUGCCGGGAACAACAACUACAUAAACACCUCGACUCUUGACCAAGCUAAUUUCUGGCCUUACGGUCUCACUUAUUUCAAGUUCCCUACCGGUAGGUUCUCCGAUGGCCGUUUGAUAUCCGACUUUAUUGCUGAACGUGCAAAGUUGCCUUUGAUUCCACCAUUUCUGCAACCGGGUUUUCGACAAUAUUACCAAGGGGUCAAUUUUGCUUCUUCUGGAGCUGGUGCUCUUGCUGACACGUUUCAAGGAUUUGUCAUCGACCUUAAAACACAACUAAGCAACUACAACAGGGUGGCGAGGUGGUUUAGACAUGAAUUAGGGGAGGAGGAAGCUGAGGCAACAAUAUCAAGAGGUGUACACUUGUUUAGCAUCGGAACAAAUGAUUACACGAGCCCUUUCUUGAUUAAUUCAACGAUCUUAAACAACUACAAUCACUCCACAUAUGUUGGGAUGGUAAUCGGCAACCUUACAACUGUCAUUCAAGAAAUAUAUAGAAGAGGAGGUCGGAAAUUUGCCUUCAUCAACUUACCGGAACUAGGUUGUGUGCCGGGGAUGAGGAUAAUCAAGACCGAUAACAAUGGAAGCUGCUUGGAGGAAGCAUCGAGACUUGCAACAUUACAUAACAUAGCUCUUUCGAAGCUCCUCUUUGAGUUAGAGAAGCGAUUCAAGGGUUUCAAGUAUUCACUUUUUGACUUGAACGCUAAUCUCAGGCAGAGAAUGAGACAUCCUUCUAAAUAUGGUUUCAAGGAAGGGGAGACGGCUUGUUGUGGAAGUGGGGAGUACCGAGGAGCAUUCAGCUGUGGGGGGAAAAGGAGAGUAAAGGAGUUCCAACUUUGUAAGAAUCCAAAAGAUUACGUGUUUUGGGAUUCUUACCAUCUCACCGAAAGGAUCUACAAACAAUUGGCAGAUCAAAUGUGGGGUGGAAAAACAGGCAUUUCUCAUGAUGUUGGACCUUACAAUAUGAAGAACCUAUUUCACAUUCAUUAAUGCUAAUUUUGGCUAUGACACAUACUAUAUGAUUCUAUAUAUAAAGCAUAGCGUUCA